CGCGAUCGUCGUCCACGAAAGCAAACGCAGAUACCGUUGCGUCGUGAGAGGAACACCACGAAGGCUAUUUUUGUGCGUCUCGUAUUGUAUAUUGUUCGUGUUCGCGAGAGACAGCGAGGAGGGUUUUUUUCUUCUUGCGUAUACGGUGAUUGUGACGAUUGCGAGACGACUUAACGUGCCGGGAAGCUAACCGCGAAUCGAUUGCCGGUUGCGAACCAGUCUGAGUUAUACCGUGCACGGGAAAGGAACAGCACAGCUGCAAGCAGUUAAAGCCGUUUUUAUUUUAGUGAAGGAAUCUCUACUUUGAAGUUUGAAGCACCAUGGCCCUAGCCGAGAACACCACCAAGACGGAAAUGACGCUGACGGAAACCUCGACGCCCGUCAUCUCGAAGGAGGUGAUCACCGAACGUACGGCGGACGGUGUAUCGGAGAAGAACGUCACCCAGUCCAAGAGUUACGGUUCGGCCAGCGAAAAAUCCAUGGUUGAAGAGUCGGCCAACUCGAUCACGAAGAAGCACGAAAAGUCCGAAUCGGCAUUCGCGUCGGAGCGCAGUGUAACGGAGUCGGUAUCGGACGGUGGCGCACUUGCCUCUUCACUGCUGUCUUCCUCAUCGCUGGUCAGUUCCGUCACGAGCAGUAAGGUGGUGUCGUCCUCGUUCAGCUCGUCCACCUCAUCGUCCAUCUCGUCUUCGAUGAAAUCCUCAUCGUUCGAUUCCAGUACCGCGAUCGAUGAGUUCUUCAAGAACUGAACCAUCGGACGGUACAGUGCGUUCGCCUUGUGAUCACUAUUAUGAUACCAUUAUGAUUUAAUUUGUAACGUUUCAAAUUCAAACAAUUUAAGCAUGUUUUGUUUCCGCCACAAAACAAACCAUCGUUUCGUUUCGCUCGUCUAGUACAAGUUGAAUGUACAAGCUCAUCUGUCGUCUGUCUGUUCGAAAAGAUCAACAAAACAUAACUUCAUCGUUCGCAUCAAACAAUGUGUUCGGAAUAAAAUAAGAAUAAAGGAAACAAAUUUCAAACACAAAACCAAA